UGCUGCCGAGAGGAGCCCCAGCCCCACCGCUGUCCCCGCAGCCAGCGCCGGCCUCUGAGGAUCCCUCUCUGUCUCCCCAGGUUUCUGAUCUCGGUGCUCGGGAGCCCUCGGUGCUAUGCUGCCCUGCCACCCAUCCCAGUGGGUGUUUGCCCCCCUCCUCUUUUUCCUGGCUGAGCUCAGCUCUGGCACCAGCUCCCAACCCACCUACCAAUGGAAAGAUGCUGUGACAAGGGAGACCCUGACCUGCCAGCAGUGCCCGCCGGGGACCUUCGUGGCCCAGCACUGCAGCAGGGACAGGCAGACAGUGUGUGAGCCCUGCCCGGAGCUGCACUACACCCACUACUGGAACUACCUGGAGAAGUGCCGCUACUGCAACGUCAUCUGCGAGGAGCAGCAGGUGGAGGUGCAGCACUGCAACUCCACACACAACCGCGUCUGCCAGUGCCGGGAGGGCUACUACUCCGAGAUGGAGUUCUGCAUCAGGCAUUCCGAGUGCCCGCCGGGCUCUGGCGUAGAGAAACUGGGUACCCCCUUCGAGGACACCCAGUGCCGCGCCUGCCCCCGUGGCUUCUUCUCCUCCACCAGCUCCAGCACCAGGCAGUGCCAGCCCCACCAGGACUGUGAGCAGCAGGGGAAGGUGACCAAUGUGCCAGGCAACCAGUACCACGACACCCUCUGCACCUCCUGCAAAGUGGGGAAAAGCAACAGCACGCAGGGACCAGCAGCAGAAGACGAGGACUGUGAGCAGGCCAUGAUAGACUUUGUGGCUUAUCAGAACAUCCCCCUCAGGAAGCUGAAGCGUCUGCAGCAAAUCCUGGAGCGCUCCUCGAGGAAGCAGGCGCCAGGGACCAGGGCAGUCAUCCAGGAGAAGUUCAGGGCUUUCCUCACCCACCUCAAAGAGGGGCACAACGAGGUCACCAAGGAGCUGCUGGAGGCGCUGAGGGCUGCCAAGCUGCACUCCAUCGAGGAGAAGGUCCGGGAGCGCUUCCUCCUGCGCUGAGAACAGGGACUGUGCUCAGGGACAUGGGUCAGUGGUGGCCUUGGCAGGGCUGGGUGAGCAGUUGGAUGGAUGAUCUUAGAGGUCUUUUCCAACCCAUAUUAUCUGAUGAAUCUAAGAACUUUUUGGAUCUUUUUUUGUUUUGUUCUAGUUCGAUUGUUUGUUUGUUUGGGCUUGUUUGAUGGGUUUUUUUCCCUUCCGUGGCUUUGUUAAUUUAUUGACCUUUCCAAAGCUGACUUGAAAUGCAGCACAGAGGUGGGUGGUGUCACCCUGUGCUCUGGUGGGUCCCUGGGGUGGGGUGUGAGAGCAGCAGCAUCCCAGCCGUGGGGACAGAUCCCAGCAGCUCCCGGGGAGCUGGUGGCUGCUUUCCCAGUCAAUCAGUUCCCAGAGGAGAAACGUGUGGCCAGGGACAUUUUCUCUGGGGAAGAACCCAGCCCCCCCUUUUUAGACACCUGUCUGGCUUGGGUUUGAACUGUGUGGUUCUAGUUUUAUUGGGUUCUUUAGUUAUUGAGCAGAAUUUCCCACAGAGGAUCCACGUGCAUUUGUUUGUCAGGCUUUUGUUCUGAGAGAGGAGUUCCCUGCUGGGUGUGAGUGGGUGCAGGAGGCCCUGACACCACAGGUACAACUGGCUUUACAUUUAUUUCUAACUACCUGUUUUUAUACUGUCUGUGAAAGAUGUUUUCUAAAGAAAGAAAACAAAGAAGUUAUUUUAUUAUAUGAUCCCUUGUCACCAGUGUCCUUUCCUAGUCUCAUUUGGAGGAGAGAGG